AUGCUGUCCGGAGCCUGGCUGCGCUGGGCCAGCCUCCUGCUCCUGGCCAGGCCCUCCCAGCCCUGCCCUGCGGGCUGUGACUGCUUCAUCCAGGAGGUGUUCUGCUCCGAUGAAGGGCUGGCCGCCAUCCCGCCGGACAUCCCACCCCAUGCCACAGACAUCAUCUUUGUAGAGACCUCGCUCACCACGGUGGGAACCCGGGCCUUCAGUGGCAGCCCCAACCUGACCAAGGUGGUUUUCCUUAACACCCAGCUCCAGCACUUUGGGCCCGACGCCUUUGGGGGGCUGCCCGGGCUGGAGGACCUGGAGAUCACUGGCAGCGCCUUCUCCAACCUCAGCGCCAGCGCCUUUUCCAACCUCAGCGCCGACGCCUUCUCCAACCUGACCUCGCUGAGGCAGUUCACCCUCAACUUCAACACGCUGGAGGCUCUACCCGAGGGCCUCUUCCAGCAGAUGCACGCCCUGGAGUCUCUCCAGCUACAGGGUAACCGGUUCCAGAGCCUGCCGGGGAGGCUCUUCCGGCCCCUGAGAGGGCUGAAAGCCCUCAACCUGGCCCAGAACCUGCUGUCCCACUUGCCUGAGGAGCUGUUUGAGCCCCUGGGGAGCCUGCAGACCCUGAGGCUGAGCAGCAACGUGCUCUCCGGUCUGCCCCCCGGCGUGUUCAGCCAGCUGGGCUGCCUGCGGGAGCUCUUCCUUGACAGCAAUGCCAUCAAGGAGCUGCCACCAGGAGUGUUUGAGGGGCUCUUCCGGCUGGAGAAGCUGUGGCUGCAGCACAACGCCAUGGGCCACCUGCCGCUGUCCGUCUUCUCCUCCCUGGGCAACUUGACCUUCCUGAACCUGCAGGGGAACGCGCUACAGGGGCUGCCCGCCGGCCUCUUCGCGCCCACCCCGGGCCUGCUUGGCCUGUCUCUGUCCUACAACCAGCUGGAGGCCGUCAGCGAGGACGCCUUUGCCAACCUGUCCAGCCUCAGUUCCCUGACGCUGUCGCACAAUGCCCUCACCCAUCUCCCCGCCGGCGUCUUCAGGGACCUGCAGGGGCUGGUCAGGCUCUACCUGGGCAGCAACAACCUGACGACCUUGCACCCAGCGCUCUUCCAGAACCUGUCCAAGCUGGAGCUGCUCAGCAUCUCCCGGAACCUCCUGACCACGCUCCCCGAGGGCAUCUUCGACACGAACUACAACCUGUUCAACCUGGCCCUGCGUGGCAACCCCUGGCAGUGUGACUGUCACCUGGCCUACCUCUUCGGCUGGCUGCGUGAGUACAGCGACCGGUUCUUCAACACGCAGACCUACUGCUCGGGCCCCGCCUACCUGAAGGGCCAGCUCCUGCCCGCCUUGCAGGAGGAGCAGCUGGUGUGUCCCGUCACCGGCAACCAUCUGGGCUUCCAGGCUCCAGGGUCAGAGGACGGAGAGCUGGGGGCCCCCUGGGACCUGGCUGCGGAGGAGAAGGCGGUCGGGAUCCGGUGCACCUACAGCAACCCUGAGGGCACCGUGGUGCUCGCCUGCGACGGUGAAGAUCGGUGCCGCUGGCUGAAUGUCCAGCUGUCCCCCAGGCCGGGGUCAGGCCCCCCGGCACUAACGUUCAAUGGCAGCCAGCACUGGGACUUGAAGUCGAGGUGCGGCUCUGUGAGGGUCACCGUGGCCAUUGAGGCCCGGCCAGGGGGGAGCUAG